CGUUGCGCUAACGAGUCCAGUGUUUGUUAUCUAUUGAAUAUUUUAUGAUAAUGAAAGCAGUUCUUAUCAGUGGUAUUGUGUUGAGCUUGGCCAUAACUCAGAUCAGUGCUUGUCCGGAUACAGAAGAUGUGGUUUGGGCCCUAGAUGAAAGAAUGUGCAAGGUGUUUCGUAACGAAUGCUAUUACACGAAGGAAAAUCUGACGCGCAAACCAGCAAUGGAAAUCGUCUCCAAGGAUGUUUGUCAGUUGAGAUGUCCUGAAUAUUGUAUACAAAUAUAUCAGCCAGUUUCAGGAACAUAUUUGGGAGAGACUAGGACCUUUGGAAAUUUAUGUGAAUUGAUGGUGCAUUCGUGUAAAACUGGAAAGACUUUUGUUUAAAACGAUCCCUCCUCUGGCUUUUGAAAUAUCUUGCUUCCAUCUAAUAUUUUAAUAUCUUUAAUAUUAAUAUAAUAAUAAAAUGAGAGCAACCACAA